AGGAAACUUGAUUAAAUCGUAAAAUUUGUGAAAAUAAAAUAGAAAAAUUAGGAAAAACCCUUGGAAAAAGUGCGUAAAAUGCAGAUGAACAUUUAGUGCAUCGUUUCACACCGCAAACACGUCAUUUAAUGCAGCUAUAAUCAAUAAAAUCAGUAAACCGACGACGACGCUCCUUUUCUUGAACUGAGUUAAGUAUGGAUAAGGAUAGCGAGCGAGAGAGAAAGCACCAACAACAGCAGAAUGAAAGACAACAAGAAAUAGUCAUAGCAACUGGAGGUUCUGUCGAUGAGCAUUUUGAAGAGUCGUUGAGGCGGGCAAAGGAAAAGCAUCAACAACAACAGCAGCAGCAGCAACAGCAACGAUCACCAUGGAACAGCACGUUGCCAUUGAGCGUUCAUCCUCCCCUGAGUCACUCGUCAAUUCUCAUGCCCGGCAUGUUGACAUCCGCGCCGCAAUCUGUGUUAGCACCGCCCGUUCCUCCGACGCAAGCCACAAUUAGCAUAACAUCGAGAACUGAUCUUAGCAAAAGUAGUCAAAACUUGUCGCAAUUGAAUUCGCAGCAAUUGUACGAGGCACAACGAAAAGUCGCCCUUGGCAUUCCCCCAAACUACCAAGCGGAUCGCAGUCGAAAGGAGUUCGAUAAGCAACGAAAUGACUAUUUCAACUCGUUCAUGUCGCGCAUGCCGCUCGAUUGGAGUCAACAAGCGGAAAUUGAGAAGCAACAACAACGCGUGCAUGCCCAAGUUCAAGCCCACGUGCAAGCCCAAGCGCAGCAACAGGCCCAGCAGGCGGCGCAAAAACAAGCGCAGCAACAAGCUCAAGCUCAACAGCAAAAACAGAUGCAAUAUUCGCAAAAAUACGCGGCAAUUCCGCAGCAACAAUCGCCCUCCGCGAAGCCAGAUUUGUACAAAUUGGGCUCAGAUGCCGCCAGCAUAACGCCCAUCGGCUAUUCAUUCGCGCCGUAUAUCGCGCGAGACUCCAAGGGACAGCUGAAAGAGCAUCCGUCGCCGCAGUUGCUGCACGAAAUGCAGCAAAAUAGUCAGUCGGGCGUCAUCGUGAAGCACGACACAAAGUCAUCGCAGCAAAAAAGUUCGUUGCAUCAGCCGUACGCGAAUAUUCCGUCGUCAGUUUCGCAUCAUCCGGCUUACGAUUCGUAUCCGUCGGCACCCGUUGUGAACAAUUCCGAUCGCUAUGCACGUGGUUUGGCCACAAUUUCGACAUCGCCGCAAAAUCAACAACAACCCCCAUCGCAAAAACAAUCGCCGCAGCCAAGUCAUCGUCAAACGCCGCCAAAUUCGUCGUACAACAUGAUUGUCGUCGGCAAUCCGGCGAAACAAAAAGUCUCGUCGCCCGCCCCAUCUCACGUCUAUGGCAAACCGGAGCCCGCUUCGCCGAUGCACACGCCGCACAAUCGAACGCAAGAAGUCCCGCAGCCGCAUCCCGCAGUCAAACCCAUUUUUCAUCAGCAAAUUUACGGUCCGCCCAUGGCGCAUACCUCGCGAACUCCCGAAACGAAGCAAAUUUACCCAUCGCCCACGUCAAAUCUGCGUCCCCAAACUCAUUCUGUGCCAAUUUCUGGUAUUCCAUUGCAACUUUCCUCAAGUCCGUUGCCGCCGCCGCCCGAAUCUCACACCUCGGGUGUUUCGCCGCAUCACUUGGAUGUCGUCAAAAACUUCAGCACGAGUCCCAAGAUGCGCGGAGGUCCCUCUCCGGUUAGCGAACAAACGCAACCCUUGGAUUUGGGAGUCGCUUCGAGCAGCAAAUCGCGCGAAAAUGACUCGGGACGACGAAAAGCCUCGCCAUUCCCCGUUACGAGCUUGAUCGAGACGAAAAAGAUGCGCACGGAACCGCCCUCGUCGCAAAUUUCACACACAACCAUCGAGCUGCUUCAUUCGCAGCAACUGAAUUUGAGUCAAAAAGAAACUCAGGACGAGAAAAAACCAAAAUUCGAGCCGAUGCAAGUUGAUACGCCGAGUCCGCAGGGAAGAAUUACCCCGAAAUCCGUCGAGGCGACAAAUAACAACAACAACAAUUCGAAUAGCGGAUCAGCUACGCCAACUCCUCCGUCGACGCCGCAAUUGCAAAAUACGACGACAGAAGCCCCGAAAGUAACAACAACGACUCAAUCGACGACGACGACGACGAAUCAAACGACGACAACAACAACAACAAGUUCCUUUACAGCGCCGCGUCACUUGAAGAAGGCAUGGUUGCAACGACACACGGGCGAAGAUAUCGAAGAUACGACGGGCGUCAUUGGCAGCGGAAAUUGCAUUAAGUUGCCGUUGAAGCUGGAAAAUGCAGCGGGACAAAUCAAAACGAACACUCUUGUGACGGGAAACGGUAAAGAGGAGCCGGCAGCCAAUAAUGUCAAGGAAGAGAAUAACUCGGUUUCAGAAAACAAGCUAGUACAAAUGAAGAAGGGACGCGAAACUUCCAACAGUAAUAACGUACAAAGCAAUUCCAACAACAACAAAGACGAAACCAACGAGAGCAACGAGCAGAAGGAUGCUUCCGGUUCCGAUAUUGAAAGUGAAAGUGAGAAAAACAGCGACACUGAUAAGGAAAGCGUGUCAGGCAAAAGUGAUUCAGGCACGAAACGAAUCAACAACGGCACACGACACUCCGUCACGAGCAGAAAUGAGCCCCGCAAACGAGGAAGAAAGCCAAAAUUAAUCAAAGAAGAGAUCAAUUUAAAGAAGAAACAAAUAAUCGCAGCAGUCAAAGCAGAAAAUGAUCCAUUUUGCAAGCCACCGAUUGCUCAACUCAAAAAGACUGGCGAACCAUUUUUGCAGGAUGGACCGUGCUUCGAAGUUGCACCAAAACUUGCAAAAUGUCGCGAAUGCCGCUUGACGCCGAGCCAACGUUUCAAAACUGUCGCGUCGAAUAUCUUUUGUCGCUUUUAUGCGUUCAGGAAGCUCAAAUAUAACAAAAAUGGUCAAUUAGCGAUAGCGGGAUUUUCCGAUCCAAUUCACGAUCCAAAGGAAGACGAUCUCAAGCUCUGGGUGCCUGAUGUUGAUUCGCCGCCCCCUGAUUUGGACUUGCAAGUUGCGAGAUUCUUGUUGGCGCAAGUAGCUGAUCAAUUUUGUGAUUUGUUGCAUCAGGAGAAGGAAGCUCUCAAGGAGAAUAUGUCUGAUGAUAAGACUGUCGCAUGGAAACGCGUUGUACAAGGCGUUCGUGAAAUGUGUGAUGUGUGCGAAACGACACUCUUUAAUUUCCAUUGGGUGUGCGAGAAAUGUGGUUUUGUCGUUUGUAUUGAUUGUUAUAAGAGUCGCAAACACGACGGCGAAGACGAAGACGACAAGAAAAAGCGCAAAUUGUGGGGCGAACCAUCAAAAGAUCGCGACGAAUUCUCAUGGCUCUUGUGCUCAAAUCGCAGCGCGCACGAUCAGGAACGUCUCAUGCUCACACAAAUCAUCGCUGGCGACUCUCUCAACGCUUUAGGUCGUCAAGCACACGAGCUGCGAGCCCUCUGGGACAUUCAACAGUACUGCGGCUGCCCGAUGAGCAAAGAUCCUCCGCCAAAAGCAAUGAAAACUGUGUGCAAAGAGUACAUAACAAAACUCCUGAAGAACGAAAACGCCAAAAAUAAAUCCCUCGACUGCAAAAACAACUCAAUAAAGGUCGAAAACGACGCCAGCGGCGACGGCGAGAACCAAAACUCGUUAAAAUGGCUCGCUGAUGUCGCAUUGAAGCAAGAACCGGGCUUGAAUGGGUUCGAAGACGACAAAAAUAACGUCGACAAGGAACUGGAAGACGACGAUGGACAUUCCGCACUGCGAAAUUUGCUGACAAGACCUUCGAGCAAGAACAAGGACGGCGAAUCGUUCAAAAAACCACCCAAAAAGACAAAAAUCGAGUCGAACGAUGUGAUUGGGAAGUACAAUAAAGGCGAAGAAGAGACAGAUAUCACGAGCAAAAGUGUCGAAUUGAAGCAUUUUAUCACGAAAAAUCGCAAAAAACGGAGUUACAUGCCAAUUCGCAUCAUGACGCAUCAACAAUCGAACGUUUUGUAUCCGAAUAUUCCGCAUCAGUGGCUCUGCGACGGGAAAUUGCUCAGGUUACUCGAUCCGCAUGCCGAUAACUUCCGUUUGUUCCAAGAACAGUGGAAACGCGGGCAACCCGUGAUCUGUUCCGAUGUUUCAAAGAAGCUAAAUAUGAAUUUAUGGACUCCGGAAGCCUUUUCCAACGACUUUGGCGAAGACAAGAACGACUUGAUCAACUGCAUGAGCGGAAAUAUCGUCCCGAAUCAGCCGAUGAAGAAGUUUUGGGACGGGUUCGAGCACUUGACACGUCGUUUGAAGGACGAUAACGGCCAAAUGAUGCUGCUGAAGUUGAAAGAUUGGCCUCCAGCAGAAGAUUUUGCCGAAAUAAUGCCAACUCGAUUCACGGAUCUCAUGAAAGCGCUUCCCUUGGGUGAUUAUACGCAACGCGAGGGAAAGUUAAACUUGGCAAGUCGCCUUCCGGAUUGUUUUGUGCGUCCCGAUCUCGGUCCGAAGAUGUACAACGCUUACGGAUCCGCCCUUUAUGCGAACAAGGGAACGACAAAUUUGCAUCUUGACAUUUCGGAUGCCGUCAAUGUCAUGGUUUACGUGGGAAUUCCGCGCGAUGGCAACGCUGACGAGCACAUCAAAGAAGCUUUUCGUGCAAUUGACUCCGCUGGAUGUGAUAUUCUGACACGGCGUCGUGUUCGCGAGAAAAACGAACUUCCGGGCGCUCUUUGGCACAUUUACGCCGCAAAAGAUGCCGACAAAAUCCGAGAUUUGCUCAAUAAAGUGAGAAUCGAGAACGGCGAGCGACUUUCGCCCGAUCAAGAUCCCAUUCACGAUCAAAGUUGGUACUUGGAUGGUCCGUUACGUGAACGCCUGUACAAAGAAUAUGGCGUCGAGGGAUAUCCCAUCGUGCAAUGUUUGGGCGAUGCCGUUUUUGUACCUGCCGGAACGCCGCAUCAAGUCAGAAAUUUGCACAAUUGCAUCAAAGUCGCGGAGGAUUUUGUGUCGCCCGAGAAUGUUUCGCACAGUUUUCAAUUGACGCAAGAAUUUCGCGAGCUAUCCGAUACUCACAGCAAUCACGAGGACAAGUUGCAAAUCAAAAAUAUUAUUUAUCACACGAUCAAAGAUGCGAUCGCUUGUUUGUCGCAUUUGGUUAGCAAUGAAAUCAGCGAGAGUCAGUCGUCGUCAUUUACGUUCCCGAAUCAAAGGAACAACAGUCCGAACUCGUCGUCGUCCAAUACGCUGCAAAGUAAUGCAAUUUCGACGAGCGUAAAGUUAUGAUUUCUUUCUGAGCAAAGCAUUGUGAUGAGUAAAACUAUCGUUUUUAUCGAGUAAGAAAAAAAAAUAUAAAAAUUAAAACAAAAGAACUAAAAAAAAACAUUUAGAGAUAUGAAAAAUGUGAUAAAAUUGUUUUAAUUG